AUGAAUCUUUUGCCGUGGAUUUUCCUCGUUUCAAUCGCCUAUGCCGAGAAGUCUUCUGUAAGUCCGUCUUUACUUAUUCUUUAUUUCUGAUUUUUAGAGGAGGAUCAUGGCGGAUGAGAAUCCGGGGCCUCCAUCUGCAGCGCCUCUUCCAGAUGGCUCGACUUUGAUUACAGGCAAUCCACAAACCGUAGCCCCAACCACUCAAGGACCAGAUCCGCCUCACCCAUCUACUCCCGCUCCAACUGAACCACCGGCGUCGACUCGAGGACCAGACCCGACUACCGCUCCUCCAACUCAACCUCCACCACCACCUAGUACAACCCAGCCGCCUCCACCCGUAACGACUCAAAGACCGGUCCCUGUGACAACCCCGGCCCCUCCACCAGCUACUACUACGGCCCCGACUCAACCUCCGCCAGCACCAACUGUUCCGACUACGACUCCAGGGCCAGGGCCGGCUCCAACCACAGUCCCGCAACCUGCAACAACUCCGGCGCCGGGACCAACUCCAACUACAGGACCAGUCCCAUCUCACCCACCCACUCGUCCUUCAACUCCCCCGACACAUGCUCCGAUUACUGGCACCGGCGGUCCAACCCAACCGUCAUCAACCCCGUCACCUGGUCCGGAACCUACUACUUCUGAGGGAGACAAUAAUUCAACCAAACCAAGCAAAGAGAUCAGUAAGUUUUUGCGUGUUAUAAUGCACUUGAUAGCUCUCAAUGUUUUUUUGCAUCUUUUUCCUUCCAGAUAUGAAGUCCUUGUACCUUCUGGUCGGUUCUGAGUGUCUGGUCGCGUCCUUCUUCUCUUUCAUCAUCACCGUUCUUCUCCUGUCCAAGUGCAUCUGCGCCUACGAACCGGAGGAUGAGAGUGGAGAUGAGAUUUGA